UGAUUGGCCAGCAGAGGAACGUUACUCACCGGAGCUCUGUGAUUGGUCAGCGGUCGACUGCUAAGCUCCUCCCCCUUACUGCCACAACUCAGGGGGAGUCAGCAGCCAGCCAUCCAGCGGCCAGUUUUCGGGCAAAUAACCAAACCCAAGGCUCAGGAAAAAGCCCUAAAAUGAGUCAUUUUAAGGAGCGCUUCGUGACUCUGCUCCACGAGAAGAACUUUGUCACAGAUCAGUUGGCGACGCUGGAGCAGAAAACGGGAAUGAAGAGAGAGUAUAUCGCUCUGGGUGUUCUGGGUUUGGUCGGGCUGUAUCUUCUGUUUGGAUAUGGAGCCUCACUGCUCUGCAACCUGAUUGGCUUUGCCUAUCCAGCGUAUUUCUCCAUUAAGGCCAUCGAGAGCAAUGUGAAGGAGGAUGACACUCAGUGGCUGACCUACUGGGUUGUUUAUGGACUCUUCAGCAUCGUCGAGGCCUUCUCUGACAUCUUCCUCUUCUGGUUCCCCUUUUACUAUAUUGGCAAGUGUUUGUUCCUGGUUUGGUGUAUGGCUCCGGUGACGUGGAACGGUUCUGACAUCUUGUACAAGCGUGUGAUCCGGCCAUUUUUCUUGAAACACCAGGCUACCAUGGACAGCGUGGUCAGCGAUCUGAGCGCCAAGGCUAAGGAAAUAACUGACACCGUAACAAAGGAGGGUGAGAUACCUACAAUAUACAUCUGUUAACCAGGUCCUCCAUGACAAGGACAAGUGAGAAACAUGGGGAGGUUUUAUGUGUGUGUGUGUUCAUGUAUGUUGGGUAGGGGUGUAACGAUAUGUUUUUACAACGAUACAAUACUAUACGAUUUCCAUGGUUCCGAUACGAUUCAAGGACGAUAUGUGGCUCAUCUAGAGCGAUACGAUAUGAUUCAAUGAUUUGAAAUCGAUACAGUAACUUUUUCUUUUUGCCAAAAAUUCAAUCAGUGUGACUAUGAAAUCAAUAGCUGGAUACUGGACAGUACAGGUCAGGGAUAAAUUAAUCAUGGAUAUAAUCAAGUAAACAACAAUUAAUGGCAAAUACAUACACCUUUUUUCUGAAAAUAAUAAAAAGUGCAACUGCAGGACCUGCUGAUUCAGUUCUCAAGAUACAAGGCAA